AUGGGCUGCUCAAUGGACAAAAUAGACUCUCCAGCAGAUACCAAACCAAAGAAGAAGAGUUUCAUGGACGAUGACGAGGACAACAUUCCCGCUCUUAAGGCACACCCCUGA